AUGGCCGAGGAGCGCCGGGGGUCCUGGUUCGGCUUCGGUUUCUGCGGCUUCGGGCAGGCGCUGGGCUCGGGGCGCGGGCGCCAGGUGCACAGCCCCGAGCCGCUGCGGACACCGGGCGCGGGCGCCGACGUCCGCCGCGUGAGCGCCAGCUGGAGCUACACCGCCGUCGUGACCCGUGGAGGCCAGGUGCAGCUGUCGGGCGCGGCGGGCGGCGCGGCGGGCGGCUGCAGGGACGCGUGGGCCUCGGAGGCGCUCCUCGUGGUGCUGCGCGCCGGGCGGGGGCUCGGGCCCGGGCCGGAGCUGCAGGCCUGGGCGCCGGGUUCCGCGCUGCGCGGGGAGCCCCUGUGGACCCACACGCUGGUGCCGGAGGCCGAGCGGGCAGACGGCGCGGGCGGUGAGGCCCAGGCCGGGGCGCUGCCCCUGCUGCCCGGCGCGCGCGCCUACGUGAGUCCGCGGCCGCCCUUCUACCGGCCUCUGGCCCCGGAGCUGCGGGCGCGCCGGCUGGAGCUGGGCGCCGAGCAUGCGUUGCUGCUGGACGAGGCGGGCCAGGUGUUCUCCUGGGGCCAGGGCAGGCACGGACAGCUGGGCCACGGGGCUCUGGAGGCCGAGCCGGAGCCGAGGCUGCUGGAGGCGCUGCAGGGCCUUCCCAUGGCCGAGGUGGCCGCCGGUGGCUGGCACUCCGUGUGUGUGAGUGAGACUGGGGAUAUUUAUAUCUGGGGCUGGAAUGAGUCCGGGCAGCUGGCCCUGCCCACCAGGAGCCUGUCAGAGGAUGGAAAGACCGUUGCAAGGGAAGCCAGCGGACUGAAUGAAGGUGGCCCCGAAGUGAGGAGAACAGCCGGGGGUGAGGAUGGAGCCCCGGCCCCCUUCAUAGCCCUCCAGCCCUUCCCAGCUUUACUGGAUCUCCCCGGGGGCGCAGAUGCAGUCAAGGCCAGCUGUGGCUCCCGGCACACAGCGGUGGUGACAAGAACUGGGGAGCUGUACACCUGGGGCUGGGGUAAAUAUGGACAGCUUGGCCACAAGGACACGACCAGCUUGGAUCGGCCCCGCCGUGUGGAAUAUUUUGUAGAUAAGCAGCUCCAAGUAAGGGCCGUGAGCUGUGGGCUCUGGAACACGUACGUGUGCGCUGUGGAGAGAGGGGAGAGCUGA